AUGAUUCAGUGGAGAACACGGAUAAGGAACGAAGGGAAGAAAGACGAUGGAUUAUCUGGGGAGGCUCAGCCCAGGCACCAGCUCGUGGAAACCCCUAAACUCGCCAAGGGCCUUUCUCUUCCCUUGCAUCUCGCGCCGCCGCCCACCGUCGUCGAGCACGGAGAAGUGCUCUCGCUUUCGCUCUGGGAAGGUGGGGAAGACGUCGUACAUGAAAGGGAAUCCGCCAGUUCCCGCAGCGGCUCCUCCUCGCGACGCUGUCAAUCAACGCAAUCCUCAUCGAGGAUAUCCGCGCCGACGAGACUUCUCCAGGGCUAUGGCCCUAUGAGGUAUCGUUGCUCCGACUCAUCGAGAAGAUAUCCGACGACUGCACAGUCGAGAUCAACGAGACAUGUUCGUCCGCUGGAAUUCUUCCCGGUUCGAUUACUGACUUUGAAUUUUAGGAACGAGACUGAGCCGGGAGUUUUGGUUGGAGGGGGAAGUAUUUGGUGCAUGACUGUGGCCAUCGGGUACUUACUUGAGCCGUUUAUCCUUCUUGCUUUGUUUGGGAAAAAAUCCCUGUCUAUUACGCUCAAAGGAAUUACAAAUGAUUCUAAUGAUCAUUCCGUUGAUACGUUCCGUACAACAACACUGCAUAUGCUCAAGCGGUUCGGCAUUCCAUCAGAAGGUUUGGAGUUGAAAAUUGUGAAUUGGGGAGCUCUUCCCCUUGGUGGUGAGAUUUUUCUUGGCGUUCCAACUGCCCCAAACACCUUAACAGCAUCCCAUUGGGUUGAUGAAGGAAUGGUCCAGAGCAUUAGAGGAGUGACAUUCUCCACACGAGUAUCCCCUCAAAUUGGGAGUCGAAUGAUAUAUGCAGCUCGUGGAGUUUUUAAUCACUUCAUGCCGGAUGUUCAUAUUUUUACUGACUAUAGAUCAGGUCCAUCUGGUGGGAGAUCACCAGUUUAUGGUGUAUCACUUGUUGUGGAAACUACUACUGGCUUCUUAAAUUCUCCAGAUAUUGCAAUAAGCCAUCCUAAACAUGAGGAAAUGAAUAUUGAUCCUGUCUGAAAGCUGUGGAGAUGGCGCGCUGGGCAGGUGGUUCUGAUGAUGACUUGGAGAAGACUUCGUUAGAGAGAGACAUGACACUUGACGCUCCUUUCGGCUCCAUUCUGCGCACACUUGAAAGAGCUAACAAAA